AAGGAAAAGGAAAAGUUGGAAUAGAAUACAUGUGAUAUUACACCAUGCAACAAGCUACUGGUCUAUCGCGGCGCCCCGCUACGCUCCUCACUCUCAGGCUCAGCUCUUGGCUGCCUAUAAAUAGACGCUAUUGUGCAACUCAUCCGGCACAACCAUCCUCAUUCGGAAGAACGGAGAGAGAUCUUCUAGCUACAUACUGUAGCCGUCGAUCCAGCGAAAAUGUGUGGCAUACUGGCAGUGCUGGGCUGCGCCGAUGACACCCAGGGGAAGAGAGUGCGGGUGCUCGAGCUCUCGCGCAGGCUCAAGCACCGCGGCCCCGACUGGAGUGGCAUGCACCAGGUCGGUGACUGCUACCUCUCCCACCAGCGCCUCGCCAUCAUCGACCCUGCCUCAGGCGACCAGCCACUUUACAACGAGGACAAGUCCAUCGUCGUCACUGUAUGUUUACCUUCUGUGUGAAUUUCUCUGCCACUAUUGUAGCUUGCUUCUUUCUGCUAAAACAAGCUUCUCCUUGCAGGUGAAUGGAGAGAUCUACAACCAUGAACAGCUCCGGGCGCAGCUCUCCUCCCACACAUUCAGGACAGGCAGCGACUGCGAGGUCAUCGCACACCUGUACGAGGAGCAUGGGGAGAAUUUCAUCGACAUGCUGGAUGGUGUCUUCUCCUUCGUCUUGCUCGACACACGCGACAACAGCUUCAUUGCUGCCCGUGAUGCCAUUGGUGUCACACCCAUGUAUGUUGGCUGGGGAAUUGAUGGGUCGGUGUGGAUAUCAUCAGAGAUGAAGGGCCUGAAUGAUGAUUGUGAGCACUUUGAGAUCUUUCCACCUGGUCAUCUCUACUCCAGCAAGGAGGGAGGCUUCAAGAGAUGGUACAACCCACCUUGGUUCUCGGAGGUCAUUCCUUCAGUGCCAUAUGAUCCACUUGCUCUCAGGAAAGCUUUCGAAAAGGCUGUCACCAAGAGGCUUAUGACAGACGUUCCAUUCGGUGUUCUACUCUCUGGUGGCCUUGACUCAUCAUUGGUUGCAGCCGUUACAGUUCGUCACCUGGCAGGGACAAAGGCUGCAAAGCGCUGGGGGACUAAGCUUCACUCUUUUUGUGUCGGACUUGAGGGGUCACCUGAUCUGAAGGCUGCAAAGGAGGUAGCCAAUUACCUGGGCACCAUGCACCAUGAGUUCACCUUCACUGUUCAGGAUGGCAUUGAUGCAAUUGAGGAUGUGAUUUAUCACACCGAAACAUAUGAUGUGACAACAAUCAGGGCAAGCACACCAAUGUUCCUGAUGUCACGAAAGAUCAAGUCACUUGGGGUCAAGAUGGUCAUCUCUGGUGAGGGUUCCGAUGAGAUUUUUGGAGGGUACCUCUACUUCCACAAGGCACCCAACAAAGAGGAGCUCCACCGUGAGACAUGUCAAAAGAUCAAAGCUCUGCAUCAGUACGAUUGCUUGAGGGCCAACAAGGCAACAUCUGCAUGGGGCCUCGAAGCACGUGUGCCAUUCUUGGACAAGGAGUUUAUCAAUGAGGCAAUGAGCAUUGAUCCUGAGUGGAAGAUGAUCCGGCCUGAUCUUGGAAGAAUUGAGAAGUGGGUUCUGAGGAAAGCAUUUGAUGACGAGGAGCAACCAUUCCUGCCGAAGCACAUUCUGUACAGGCAGAAAGAGCAGUUCAGUGAUGGUGUUGGCUACAGCUGGAUUGAUGGCCUAAAGGCUCACACAGAAUCAAAUGUGACCGAUAAGAUGAUGUCAAAUGCGAAGUUCAUUUACCCACACAACACCCCGACUACAAAAGAGGCCUACUGUUACAGGAUGAUAUUUGAGAGGUUCUUCCCCCAGAACUCGGCAAUCCUGACAGUGCCAGGCGGGCCAAGCGUCGCAUGCAGCACGGCGAAGGCAGUAGAGUGGGAUGCUCGGUGGUCGGGGAACCUGGAUCCCUCAGGGAGAGCAGCACUUGGAGUCCAUCUCUCGGCCUAUGAGCAGGAGCAUCUCCCAGCAACCAUCAUGGCAGGAACCAGCAAGAAGCCGAGGAUGAUCAAGGUUGCGGCACCUGGUGUCGCAAUUGAGAGUUGAUGGUGUCCUGUCCUGCUUGCCGUUUCUGAUAAGAAAUAAGAUGUACCUAGUCUUGCCAUUAGAGUGAUGCAGACCUAAGGUUGAGUGAAGAUUGUGCAUUAAUGUUUCUAUAGUUCUUAUGAAAUCAGAGACCGGAUGAUUUCUAA